GUCGUCGGCAUCGAAAGGACGCCCAGCACUAUAAGCCAAACAAGCCAAACUUUAGUUUCUCUGUGCCAUGCAGGUAGCCCCGUCUUAAUACGGCAUAAUAGGGAGUUUUCUGUGCGCCGAACGUCCAACCCAACAUACGAUGAACGGCAUUGGCGAAUUUUGAUUCUUAAGGCAAGCCAUUCGCAAGCUGUUUUGGUAGUCUUCCUUUGGGAUACAAGUCGAGUCUUCUGAGACACACGUUCCUUCGUUUCAAAACACCCACACUCUUUUGCGGGCCGGCCCAGCCGUUUCUUCUCAACCAUGUUGUGUAGAUCACUGAAACUCUUUUCUUUCUUGUUGGCCCCUGCUACUAUUCUGGCAGCUGGACUUACUGACAGCGCCUUGGAGACGCACGUCGACAGCUUGGCUCUCGACUUUACAUUCAACCCCGUCAAGGAGUCCUACUGGACGGGCUACCGCCACCAUCGCCGCACUCCCUUUUCUCUCUCUCCCGACGGCAACUCGGCUUACCUUGCGUACCUGGACGCGAGUGAGACGGAUGUCCAUGUGCAGCAGGUCGACCCUUCUACAUUCGCGGCUGUUGGGUCUGCGGUGACUGUGACGGGCGGCAAGGAGGCUGGAGGUCUCGUCACACUGGAUGAUGGGUUUGCUUUGUUGACCAACGAGGCUCUGCCAUCGGGCACCACCGACGCACCUGCGGAUUCUACUCCUGUUCCUGUGGUUUACAGAUUCACCGAUGGCACGCAGACCUGGAAGACAUUCAUCGGUGGACCUGGCGUUGAUGCCGACUUUGGUUUGGCUGCCUCACCUGACAUCAAUGGUGACCUCGUCUGGUCAGAAACUGCUCAGUUGUUUGGAGCUUACACUGUCAUCACUGCCUACACGGGGGAGGCAUCAGGACACUAUGGGGAUAGCAUCAAGUACCUGAAGCCUGACGGUACCCUGACCACCAUCUCAGGAGCAUCCUCAAGCUGGGGAUGCAGCCACAACACGGGUAUUGCCUUUGAAGCCGCCGAUGCUGCACCUUUUGCCAGUGUCUGUGCUGAAGACCAGGGCGACAUCUGGCUCAAUACGGAAACUCAGACUAUGAGCGGCGUGAAGGUGUCCAAUGAGAACACCACCAACGGUGGCUCGGGUGAAUCGCUAGGUGGCAUGUCCGGUUCUUACAGUUCGCUGGCCCGCUUUAUUGGCGAAGAUUCUUACAUCCUCUCCUGGGUUUCCCGCGGCGCCGAGUCGUUGAGCGCUAACGAGUGGCUCGGUGGUGGUAACACCAACGCCCUUAAUCGCACCAACGGUCGCAACGUUGCUAUUGCUACCUUCAGUGACAAGAAGACUCUGGUCGGAGAGGAGGCCAGCUCGACUAUCGGUGCCGGGGGUGACAGCCAAGUCAACUGGAUCACUACAUAUGACGGUCUCACCAAGGAUUGCAGCAACGCCCAUGUCGCCGCCUUCGACGGUACCUCGGCUCUGGUCACCUGGGAGGAAAUCACCAACCCAGACUGCCCUUUCAUCGCCAUGGGCUGCAAGGGCACUUUCUCUGGCUCAUACUUUCAACUGGUCACCGACGGCACUAAAGUCGGUGAGCCCAUCUCUUCUACUGAUGCCUACGUCGCUGGUGACAUGGUCAACAUGCCCGACGGCCGAAUCUGCUGGCCGUACGUGAGUAUGGACUGGGACUUGAGCACUCCCGUUCCGUACGGUGGACCAACGGUGACCACGACCAAGAUAUCCUUCGCUUGCAUGAGUGUUAAUGGGACUGGUUCCACCACACCCUUACCCACCACUGCUGCCGGUGCUGCGUCCUCUUCCGUUGCUGUCACCAAGGUAGAGGAGGUUGCCACUACCCCUGCCUCCUCUAUCGCAGCCUCCUCGACCUUUGCCACAUCCAUUGUCUCUGCAGUCGCUGUCCCAGAGACAACUGAGACUCCUGCUGCGUCUACCUCGUCCGCACCCGUCAGCCUGACUACAACAACAGCCGUUCCGGCUACUUCUACCACUGCCUGUGCCUCGACGUCGUCAACCCAAAAGUCCAAGGGCCGCGACUCCUGCCGUCUCAGGAAUAACAAGAACAGAAUCGCCAGUCAUUCUUAGCAGACCAACUGAUGUGUGAUUUUACAUGAGCAGGCGGUAUGGCUGAGGAACUUGGAUGGUUUUUGGAAAGAGGGGAACCAGUGUCUCGAAAAACAACUUCGGGUCAUUUCAAGUGAGAGCUUGACAGUUUUUGCGAGACAAAACGCAAGCUUCAUUUAUCUUCAUGUGCAUUUAUUCUUCUAGCCACGAUGGUGUUUAUAUAAAAGUGUAUGUGGCUCUACAGUUUCUUCAUAUAUAUUUACCAUCUGAAAGCGUCACUAUUUCUCUUUUGCAACAUUUGCUUAUUUAAACAG